UUAUUUAUUACAUCUGUGACUGGGUAGGGAAAUACUCCCGACUCGACCGAGAGAGCGUUUGCUACUUUGAGAACGAGCGACGCGCGUCCCUGCGAGUUACCGCGGCAGCCGCCUCCGUCGUCAUCGUCGCCGCCGCCACCACCGCCGUCGCCGUCGUCGUCGUUGUCGCCGUCGUCGUUGUCGUUGCCGUCGCCGUCGCCGUCGCCGUCGCCGUCGUCGCCGCCGUCAUCCUCGCUGUCAUCUCAUCAUUGACAUUAUCACAGUCAUAUCUCGUACACACGUUGCGGUUUUCUCGUAUUUACGCGUCUCUUUUAUUCCGGUGUAAUUGUCGUGGUGUAGCCGUUUUCCGUUUGUUGUGACAUGAAGACAUCAUCGUCGUGAGCCAGUGAACAAGUUGCUACGUCUCGUUGAUAAACUCAGUGCCGAGAACUGUCAUCGUUCGCGCAACAACUGCUGUCAUUGUCGUUGUCAUCGUCAUCGUCCUCGUAAUCAUUGUCGUUAUUGUCGCGAGUAAGCUGGCGUGUUGAGCGUUUCCGCGAUGGAUCGGUGAAAAUCAGAUAUCCGCGUGGUGGACUAAAACAUUGUUAUGGACACAGAGGUUCACGUGCGUAUAAGGACUGAAGAAAUCGUGCGGUUUGACUUGUGCCAAGACGCGCAACACUUCCUUGCAGUGACAGGCGGCACAUUUCAAGGGCGCUAAUUUGGCGCAGGUUUGAAGAUUAUAAAUCGGUUGCGAUACACGUUAAUUAUCGUUGAAGAAGACUCACAAAGAGGAUCGGAAGAAACAUGCUUUAACAUGCAUUGAAGCGAUUCACAUUUCUACGUUCGAGUCGCACCGCGAUAUUCGCCAACCGGCGAACACAGUGACGACAUUGAACGUCAGGAACACGGACCGUAUUGCUGACGACAAGGACGACGUGGCAGAGUGUCUCGUCGUCUCUACGAGGAAGAACACGGACGCGCGUUUUCGACCCUCCAUGGACCACGGAGCGAUGGACAGCUCUUCCGAUCACAGCAGCCGUGCCAGUCCCGUAACCGGCAGUCCGAAACAUCCGCACAGUCCGUCGACGCAGAGCCAGCAACAGCAACUCCACGGCUCCAGUCAGCAUCAGCCGCCGCCGUCUCAUCAGCAGUCGCACGGGCGUGAUCAGAUUCGUGAUCAUCAGCAGCAGCAUCGCGGUGUGCCGACACCGGGAUCGCCCACGAGAGGUUCGCCACCCCAGGGUCUUCCUCUAAGUCCACCGCCGUUGUCGGCCGGAGGUGGACCUGGGGCACCGCCGGGCAUGGUUCCUCGUAUGCCAGGACUACCGCCGCCGGGACUGGGAUUACUGGGCCAACUAGGUGGUAUGUUGAGCGGUCAUCAUGGCUCGCCCCUGGAGCUGAUGGCGGCUCAUCACGCGGUCUUACCACCGCGAUCUUACAACAGCCCACCGCCGAUCAGUACUAGCGAUCCUACUGCCAACGAGUGCAAGUUGGUUGAUUAUCGCGGACAGAAGGUCGCGGCGUUUAUUAUCGCCGGCGACACGAUGCUCUGUCUGCCGCAGGCCUUCGAACUGUUUCUCAAGCAUCUCGUGGGCGGCCUUCACACAGUCUACACCAAGCUCAAGCGGCUGGAUAUCGUACCUUUGGUGUGUAACGUCGAGCAAGUUAGAAUCUUACGCGGUCUCGGAGCCAUUCAACCCGGCGUCAAUCGGUGCAAGCUGCUCAGCUGCAAGGACUUCGACGUUCUUUACAGGGACUGCACCACGGCCAGAUCAACUUGGAAUUCUUCGACUUCAUUGUUGCGCAUUACAUCGUACCGCUCCAGGCCAGGAAGACCCCCAAAGCGAGCUUCCGUUGGACUGAGCCUCGCGGCCAGCCACCUAGCUGCGGCGGCUGGCCAUCAUCCUCAGCAUUCCCUGAAGAAGCACAGGAUGGACAACGGCGAUUACUACGAGAACGGACACCUCGACGUACCGAGGAUGGAGAAGUCACCGCUUCUGGCGAACGGAUACAAUCACCCACCCACGCACCUGAGCCACAUGCAGUUCAUGCAGCUCGGCGGACACCCAGGUGCGGGACACACCGCCAUCCUGUCACCGGCCAGUCUACCGCAUCACCUGCAGGCGCAGGCGCAGGCUCGCGCCGAACAGGGUCUCAAGGUCAACCCGAAUAUGACCAACAUGGAAGCCCUCGCGAGGUCCGGGACGGUUUGGGAAAACUGCCGAGCUGCCUACGAAGAUAUUGUCAAACAUCUCGAAAGGCUCCGCGAGGAGAGAAGCGACAACGAGAGAGCGCUGGCUUUGGACCACAAACCCAGGGACCUCAGCUCGCACAAUGGCUCCUCAAACGGUCACAGCCCGGUUUUAAAUCUCUCCAAGACAGUGGGAAGCGGAAGUGUGGGCGAGCAAUCCGGAAGCGAGGCGGGCGCGUCGCACCGUUCUCAAGAUGACGAGGAGGAGGACGAUAAUCUAUCGGAGGACCUGGAGGAUGACAACGAAAAGGACGAGGAUUUGUCGGACGUGCCGGAGAAUCUGCCGUUGCCGGCACCGGGCUCGGAAAGUCCUCCCCAGGCCCUCAACUACUCGCAGAUAGCCUCGGCGGCGGUCGCCGUGUCUCAGAGUGCCCAGGACCCCUCGGUCUCGAGUACGGAGACCCUGCUGAGGAAUAUCCAGGGCCUGCUCAAGGUCGCGGCCGACAACGCGAGGCAGCAGGAGAGGCAAAUCAACUACGAGAAAGCCGAGCUGAAAAUGGACGUUCUACGGGAGCGGGAGGUCAAGGACAGCCUGGAGCGGCAGUUGCAAGACGAGCAGAAGGUGCGAGUGGUUUAUCAGAAACGGCUCAAGAAGGAACGGAGAGCGAGGAAACGACUACAAGAGCAGUUGGACCUGGAGAUCAAGAGGCGCACACAACUGGAAGAAGCUCUCAAAGCCACGGGAGCAUCCUCGGAACAAGUCAGAGCGAUCACCGAAAACGUCACGGCGGAAGCGCGCACGAAUUCGGAAGCGCCGGAAGGUAGCCCGGUGCAUUCCCAGUCGCAACAGCAGUCCUCGCAGCAACAGCCGUCGCAGCAACCCCUUCAGCAGCAACAAGCAGCGGCCCAGCAGUACCGGGAGGCGCAAGUGCCGCGUCCGUCUCAGCAACCGUCGACGCCGGAGAAGCCCGCAUGGGGAUACGGGCUGGAUCUCAUCGGUAGCCAGGCGUCGGCUUUCUGGCAAAAUUACCAAGAAUCGCUGGUACAGGAACUCGAGCUGGAGAGAAAAUCGCGGCAGCACCAAGCGGCCGAGAGGGACCAAGUCAAGUCUCCUCUUCAAGAAUCGCGAACGGGUUACUACAAGAACUCCGUUCUGUUUACGAGCGCGACCUAGAAGAGGCCGGACGAGGGCAGGCGAGGGCAGCAGGCAGAGCGUGCAGCGAGCAGCCGAAGCGAGUGAUGGAUCGGACGACGAGAAGGAAGUGACGAUUCGAAGCUACGGGAGGGACGAGCGAAGCUACGCAACGAGAAAAUCUUCGCAGGAAGAACCGUGAUGGUAGACCCGAUGGUGGAAACCCGCGCGGAAGACGAUUCUCCGAAUGUCGCGCGAGUGUCCGCGGUGAUUCGCGGAUCGGCCAACAGUGCGAACAAUGCCGAGCGUAUCGAGAGAGGCUACGAGAGUAUCUUGCAUCGUCGGAAGACGCGUAAGUUUCACGCGAACGCGAUCGACGAGCGAUUCCGACGAACGAUAAGCGAGCGCUUUCGCACACUUGUAUAGAGCUACGAUUAGAGCGACGUCGAAAGGGGCGCUCGAGAUUAAGCGGAGGCCCUCGAAUCGAGAUCGGUCCGGCAAAAUUCGCGGCUAACGAUAAGAAGGACGCGGACCGAUCGCACACAUAUCAACGGACGCGAUAUUUUCGCCACGCUUCCCGAUUCGCGUUCGCGACGAUCGCGUCGUUCGUUUGAUUGACGACGACAAAUAGAGAUAUUCUCUAAUGUACGUAUCAUCGAUUAUACCCGUGGGUGAUGACCGAACACAUCGCGAUGUCUCGCGAUACCGAGACGAUUGCGGAUCGUAGGCGGGACAGUAAGAGAAAGCGAGAGCGAAAAGAGAGAGAGAGAGAGAGAGAGAGAGAACGAGCGAUUAAUGGAACGAGAGAAUGAGAGAGGCGGAUGAGAGGAAGAGAAAAGAGGCAUAUUUCUAAAGACUGCUGGAGAGUGCGUGCGCGCGUGCAUGCGUUCCUAGAGGUACCUAUCUCCUAAUUAUCGAGCGAAUUAAUUAGCUAAUCGUUUUUAAGAGAUUCCGGGCGAUCGGACGCGCCGAUAUUUCGAGUAUUAUUAUCAUUAUUAAUAUUAUUAUACGUCGUCGCGGCGACGCGGGGCCCAAUCCGAUCGCCACAUGCGAAACGAACAUCGAGUCGCGGAUCUUCUCGUCGCGAUAACCGGCUUCGAUGAUAUCGAUGUGGAUCGUUUGCGCUUGUAACGCGUGGAUCGAGGCGGACAUCGCGAUGAUUUUUCGAAAAUGCCGAUCUCUCGUCGGACGAAGGCGCGAAAAUGUGCCGUCUUUUUGUAAAAUGCGCGCAAGAGCGCGAAAAAUAACAACGUCUCUUCUAGAUUCGGCACGGGAGAAGUGAAAUCUCUUCGAGAUUAGAACUGCGACUCGAGCACUGUAUCAUAGAAAAACGAGAGAAAGGAAGAGAGAGAGAGGGAGAGAGAGAGAGAGAAAGAAUGAUGUAUGCAAAAAUGAGCGAGUAAAUGAAAGAGAGAAAGAGAGAACGCGAGCGAUAGAUAUAGGAAGAUCGCGAGGGAGAGAAAGAGAGGGAGAAAAUGUGAGCGGAAGAUUAAGAGAGAAAGGAAGAGAGAAUGAUGAAAACGGAAACACAACGGAGAGUUCUCUCCUAGCGUCUUAUAAAUCGUAACAACACCUUAUUUAUAUAAAUAACUUAGUUACUACCGAAACAAGUAAGUCUAAUCCAUAUUGCGUGUGUCCCGCGUUUGCGUUGACCGCCCGAGAAUCCGGCGAAAUAUCUCUUGGCACAACCCUCGUGCGCGAUGAUAUAUAAAGAGAAAAAAAAGGAAACGUCAACGGGAGAGAAGAAAAGGACACUUCAAUAGAUCUGGCGAGCGCAUCGAUGCGAUGAAAAAAAAAAAGGCGCCGAGAAUAUUUCCCCGGAGCGAGGCGGUCCCCGUAUUUAAGAUCCAUGUACAAAGUCUUUUGCCGUAAGGUUCUUGUGUUGUAAAGUUCACAUAAUCAUAGUGUCUAGUAUCGUACCAGCUAAAGCCCGUUAAGACGAUGCUAAACGUAGAGAAACGAAAAUUUAACCACCGAUAGCUGAUCUGUAUUUGCCAUCGCUACCGAUUGGGGUAAGGGAGGAAGUCAAGGGGGUUGACGCGUUCGAGUAACCUUCUUUUUCACGAUCAAGGAUCGCUGAACCGUCACGAUCGGCAAAGCCGAGAACUUUGCCGACGCCAAAUAGUACAAAUUAAAUUUCGAGGACAGAGAGCGAUCGAUCGAACCGGUUCUCACGCCAGACGAAGCUACAUCGACGCUAUCACGCACAAACCACUGCUGUAGAUAUAUAAGACCCGGAAAUAAUAGGGAGUGUCUCCAAAAUUGUUUAGUUUUUCGGCUCAACAAGAUGAAACGUCGAAAUAAUUGCUGAAUGGCGAUUCUUGAUCGAGG